CGCCGCGACGCAAAAGCGCUCCCUGAACUGGAUGAAGAAGCUCUUGCCGAAGAAAAACGGCGUGAAGAAGAGGACUUGCUUGAGUCACUGCAGCGACAAACCACAACUAACGCGCCACAGCCAGAGGCUUGUGCUGCGGUGCAGGUCGACCUUCGAGUCACUGGAAAUGGUGCCGAAGAUGAUGCUGCUAUGGAUGAGCCGGAUAAGAAAGAGGAACAAGGUGACUCAUCAGCUAGCAAGACCACACAUCAGGAGGCAGUUCCACAGCUUUCUGUUGACGACCUGUUGCGAGAGCGCGAUGCGGAUCUUCGUUUGCGAAGAACCCCGACACUUGGGCUCACCGUGCGUCACAGCGAGGCUUACUUGCAGCGGCUUUACCAAGUGCUCGAGGCUAGCACAAGCGCACUUGCAGCAGGUCUCGCUGAACAGCUUCGCAUUCUCCUUGAGCCUACUCUGAAGGGCAAGCUACAGGGCGAUUUCAAGACGGGAAAGCGACUUUCCAUGCGCAAGGUCAUUCCGUUCUUAGCGUCAAACUUCCGUCGAGAUAAGAUUUGGCUCCGUCGUACCAAGCCGAGUAAGCGUGAGUAUCAGAUUCUGCUGGCGUUGGACAAUUCCCGUUCGAUGAAAGACUGCGGCGUUGCAGGUUUGGCAUUGCAGUCCUUAGUAUUGUUGAGUUCUGCGCUCAGUCGUGCUGAGGUUGGCCAAGUCGGUGUAAUGGCCUUCGGCGGAGAAAAGCCAAGAUUACUCUGCGGCUUUCAGCAGGAACAUGCCGGCGUCGUGUCUAGUGCAGCCUCUUCCACAGCCACGGCUUCUACGUCGUCUGCCACAGGUAGUGGACAGGAAGUGAAGCACAACGCCACGAAUAUUGGAAGCAGCAGCUUCGGAUACCAAGAGGCGCGACCUUUGCUAGAGCAUUUGACAUUCGAGGAAGAAUCGAUGCGCUCCCACGACAGAGGCCUGCCUGACGUUUUGAGAUACGCAAUGGAGUUGUUCGAGCAAGCCGCACCAGGAAGUGCAGGGAAUUGUCGACAGAUUCUUCUACUGGUCACAGAUGGGCGCUUCAAUAAGGCCGCUGUGCGUGCGGAGAUCCACCAAGCGCUGUCGCGUCGAGUAUUGCCUCUGCUCAUCAUCGUGGAUCCACAGGAACAAGUGGAUUCUCCGAUAGCGUUGAACAAGAAAGACAGCAGCAGCAUACCUGUUGCUGCUGGUAGUGCUUCUAGUAAGACGAACAAGAGAAGCGCCCAACAAUCCUCUUCCAUUUUCGACCUGAAAGCAGUCUCGUACGCAAACGGACACUGCGAAGUGACGCCCUACCUCCAAGACUUCCCCUUCCCCUUUUACGCUGUCGUCCGCGAUCGAGAAAUGCUCCCGCAUCUCCUCUCAGACGCUCUGCGACAGUGGAUUGAAAUUAGCGGCUAAAAGACCGUAAAGUUCUAUGAAACAUGUGCAACAUAAUGAAAAACAUUUUCAGCUCAGCAAUUUCCCAGGGGUGUGGACGACACUAACAACAGACGUAAUUUUUAUCGCAUUUGGAUCAGCAUUAAGAUUUCAUCUAAAUUUUAUGAUUAUACGACUGAUGAGGAUGAUAAUCGAAACAAUAAAACGCAUUUGCAUAUGGAAUGAAAAGGAGAAUUAUGAUGAAAAUUAGGCGGCUAGCGUUGUCCCACUAGAAG